AUGCCAAACUGGGUGACCGAUAAUACCUCUGUGAAUGUUAAUCCAGACUUAAACUCGACGCCGAUCCUUCAUGAUCCUCCAGUGACUGCCGACCUUCCUCUCACCGAUGAUGACUCGACCAAGCCUCAUCAAAUACACCGAGCUUCGACCAAGACCGACAUGAGUGAUUCGGUGCAGCUGCCUCAGGCCCAGCAUAUGGUACAAGGACAAGGACAGGAUCCAAACUCCGCUAUCGUACUUUCUCCCGACUCUCCAUCUCAAUCAACCCUGCCAGACCCCCCAUCAGUCUCUAUUCAGCCUACUGGGCUCACUCAAACAAUCCAAUCUUCAACCUCUGCUGAUGUCAACAUGCAAUCAAUCUUGCCGCAACAGCCUGUCAACCAGCUCUCCCAUUUCGGUAGCACUACACCUCAAGAGCAGUCUCCUGCUGUUACUCAUCCGGGACUACCGAAUCCUCCUCAACAACAACCUCCUCUUCGACAAGUAGUCUCUUCAGGAUCAGGAGGACAGCAAAAUGGUUUUCAGAUGCACACCAAUUCACACCAACAUUUCACCGCCCAAUCACCCAUCAACAAUACCACCGUUGGCCAAACAAACACGUCAAGAACGAACCCAUCGCCGACAUUCACCUCUUAUACCUUCAACCUCAAGAACAAUAAGAUUGCCACUGUCAAUUUAUCACCAGAAUACGCAAUGCGAAGGCACAAAAUCACCAUGGGCAGUGGUUCGGUGCUACAACUAUCCACCAUUGAACUUCUCAACCGAUAUUCGCAAUAUCUCACUCUGGUUGAUUUGGAUCAAGUUAUUAAAGAUCCCAGAUAUAUAGCCACGCUCUUUGGCAGCAUGAACCACCAGCAUGGCAGGGUCAUCUCUCAACCCCUUCCACAGCAAGCUUCUUCCUCAGCGCACGCGAGCUCUGCCCGUCCAACCCAUCAUGUCGCUUCGAAUGGAUACGCUUAUAUCCCUCAAGAUGCACCUGCGCAAGUCCAGCAAUCUAUAGUGAAUUUGCAGCAUCAAGCUAGACCAAGCAGUCGACAGAGCGGAUCAGCCAGAGUUGGAGGGAGUGGUACACCUUUACAGAGUCCUAGGGACGCGACGUCCAAUGUUAUUAUUCCUCCGGAAGUGCAGGUCAUACAGCAGAAAUUGAAUGCCGAUGUCCACGGUGUCGAACAGAAAUUUGGACAAGCUUGGGAACAACUACGGAUGGCCAUGAAUGAUGCUGUUCGCAAUAUGGCAUCAACGGUCACAGCUAUAAAACCGCCAGCCGAUACAGAAGCUAUUACCAAUCAACUUCAAGCUCAAUUAUCAGAGGAAGAGAAGAAAGUGCAUCUGUCACAGAUGACCGUACUUCGUCUGACUGAAAGCGAAAGUAAAGCUAGAGCCGAAUUGACCGAAAGAAUGCAGCAACUGCAGACCGCAACAGAUGUGAGGUAUAAAGCUCAAGAAUUGAACACUGCGCUAGCUCGAGGUCUGGAAGAAGUGAAGAGGGGUAAAGAGGCAGGAGCAACGCAGAUUGUUCAAUUGCAGAACCAAGUCAACGCCCAAUCAGCAAAACUCACUCAGCUUGAGUCGGAACAUCGAGACAAACUAGCCCAACUCGACAUCUCUCAUAUCGCUGUGGUCGCUAACUUGAAGAAGGAAUUGGCGGAAGCUGUUCAUAAAGCCAACCAGCCUGUUUUCGGUGCUCAUCUACCAGGACCACUUUCACCUAAAUCACCCGCCGACCCAUCCUCGGAAGCUGCCAAACUUCGGAGUCUACUGAAAGCGAACAAUGCAAAGUUCACGGAAUUAGAAGGAGAAUAUAACAAGGAGAUAGCGGAACUCAAAGCUCAUGCAGGUAAAGACCCAAGGGAAAUCGAGAAGGACAUUAGAACAAAGCUUGCUCAGACUAAUGAUGCGAAAAUUGAGAGAUUAGAAUCAAAAGUGAAAGAACUUGAAGUGGAGAAGGAGAAGAUCGUGCACGAAAGAAAGGUGCAUGACCAGAGCAGGUUCGUCUUAGAAAAGAUUGUUCAUUGGGGUGAAAACCUUCAGAGCAAAUUGGGUCGUACGAAUGAGCAAAAUCCCAAGGCCGACGGAACUUCGGGUGGAACGAUCAAUGGCGACACCACCAAUAGAUCAUUGGUGGAUCGAGCCAAUACCUUCGUUUCGGAUAAGUCCAAAUUGGCUGAAAUGAUUCUGACCAACGAGAAAGAUAGGAAAGAGAAGAUGAAGAAGUUGCAAGGUCAGGUGGAAUUGAUGAAGGUGGAAUUAGCAGCUUCCCAAUCUGGCAAUCCUCCGGCAUCUUCCAAUGGAACAGAGCAGGCUGGGGAAGAAUGGAAAGUGGCUUUCCAUCAAUUGAUCUCUUGGGGUCACAACAUUCAAAUCCUGAUGGGUAAGACUGUCGAACCGUCUGAAGAAAAUAUGAAACCGAUCGAUAAAGCUGAACAAUUCCAGAAGACUAUGCAUACGAUAUUCGAAGAGAUUCAAUCUAAAGCUCAAAGUCGACUCGAGGGUGGGGAUCAAGAGAAAGUGAAGGAACUGGAAGGGUCUAUACAAACGCUAAACAACAACCUUCAAGCCAAUCUCAAUGCUUUGUUAGCGAAGACUACCCAAUUGGACGAUACCACCAAGCUCCUCCAGGACGCUCGAGACCAAUCAACUGCGAGUGAGAAGACUUUGCGGGAGGAGAUAGACAAACAUAAGGAGACGAAGAGGUCACUCGAGGAGAGUCAGGCUGCCGAGAGGGCCAAGAUCGAUCAGCUGGAAGAUUUGAAGAAGAGAUUGGAUCAAGCUGCGACAUCUCUGCAGCAAAAAGCCUCCGAGCUGGAGAGUGUCGCCGAAAUCAAGGGUGAAGUGCAAGCGAGAUUGGUAGAAGUGGAGAAACGACUAAGGGAGAAAGAAGAGGAAUUGAAUACCAGAGAGAAAUUCUACUCUUCGAGCAUCGAUGAACUACGAACUGAAUAUGAGAUCGAUGGGGGAUCCAUUCAGAAAUGCGACCCAGAGAUAAGGAAGCAGGUGGAAUCCCUCAAGGAAAUGAUCGAAAGGCUAGAGCAAGAGAAAGGCGAAUUGCAGAAAGAUCUGGAGAACGAACAGGAUAAUGUCGAUCGAGCUGAGGAAGCGAUGAGGGGUGCUAUGAAUAAUCAGCAUAAACAGAGGGAGAAUUAUAUAGAAGUCGAGAAAGAACUUGAAAAUGUCAAGGAGGAGAAGCAUGGGCUGGAAGAUGAAAUCAAGAGGCUGCAGGAUCAGCUGUCCGCUAUUAAAAGUAAGAACAACACGGUCGGCAAAGAUGAGGACGAUGAUUUCGAAAUUGUCCCCGAUCCUUCGUCAACCUCGACUUCCACGGCUGUCCCAAAGACGCGACCUGAAUCUCUACUUUUCACGCCCAAUGCCGAGAAUUCUGAAACACCUUCCAUAUCUCCCGUUGUCAGACCCUCACCCCUUUCGCAAUCACAACCUUCGACCAGUCAAGCCACUCCUGCUAACAACAAGAAGCCUGCUGGCACGCCGUUGUUCCUUCCCAACGAAGAAGAAGAAGAAUCUCGAUCUCAAUCUGUGCCAACUCCUAGUGUAUUAGCUAGUACGCAAAGACCUUAUAAGAGGAAGAGAUUGCUUAAUGAUGAGAGCGAUGAUGAAGAAAGACCAAACGUAAAACCUGGGUCAGGUCUGGAAGUUUCAGUCUCUGCACCUAGACCGCCUUCGGUGGCCAAUUCCGUGACGUCCGUCUCGGCGUCAACCUACAAACCGGUGUCCAGAGAUUGGAUCAAGGAUCAUCUGGGAAUUACUACUCAGAAGAAUGGUGAUAGGGUUAGAUGUAAAUUAUGUUUUGUUGUGGAGAAGAAGAACCAACCUUCUGAGCGAUCCAGGACGUUCAAAGUGGAAGAUAUCCAACCUCUUCCACUAGUUAUAAACGAAGAGAAACUGUUGGAUCAUAUUGCAUCUCAUGGUGAGAUGUUAAGGAGAUUGAAGAAUAAGAGAGUCAAAGAUGGUAAAGACAGACCUUCGCCUGAACCCAAUUGA